AUCUACAAUCAGCUGAACCGAACAACCAUUCGCAGUUUUUAUCAGAUCUGAUUAAAUUCCUAUUAUUAAGUUUACUUUGUUCUUAUACAAAAAACGAUUUAAUGUGAACAACAGCCGUGAAUGAUAAACCCAUUCCAACUCUGAUAGCCUUAUCAGCUAGACGCCCCAAUAGUUGCCAAAAUGUGCACAGUACAUUUAAAAGCAGGCGGAGGACUAGUGCGAUAAGCAAUAAUGGAUAGAAGGUGGAAUCCAGAGAACGUCGAGGAGCAGUGCCUUCUCCUGGCGACGGAUAUUUCCACCACCUCAAGAGCGGUGGCCACCAGCGGGGCCGUACGCAGCAAAACGAAGCUGAGGCAGCGGCAGCUAAGAAAUCGCAUGCCGCUUCCCAGGAUGCUGAGACGCCUCGGCUGCUACACACUGAGCGCCUUUAUAAUCUUUGUGCUACUCCUCGUCUACCUACCGCUCGUCUACUUGGAUGUGCACAAGCGUAGUGCUGGUCUCCCCGAUUGGACUCUAGAGACCUCCCGCAGCAUAGGUGACUACCUGGAUCUCGGGCGCAGCUCUGCUCUCAUUGUUCCCAAGGACUUUUGCCGGAAUAAGACCUUCCUGGUAAUCGCCGUAUGCACCGGCGUCGACAACUUUAUUCAGCGACAGACCAUCCGCGAGACCUGGGGCAACACCAACGAGUUCAACUACCCAGCCUUUGCAAAGCUCCAUGGCCAUCUCAAAGGGCACUACCUGCCGCCACUUCCGGACCGAUUAAAGACGUACGGGGAUUAUUUGAGCGGCGAGGGCGACUCAAUGACUGCCUCAGUGCGCAUUGUUUUCAUUGUGGGCCGCCAGAAAGAUGAGGCCCUGUUAGGAAACGAGACCCUGACUCGCAUUCACAUUGAAUCGGAACAAUACAAUGACAUUAUACAAGAUAACUUCGUGGAUAGCUACAACAACCUGACGCUGAAGUCUGUGAUGGCUCUAAAGCACAUCAGCCACAGUUGCUUUAAUACCUCGGCCUUCUUCCUCAAAUGCGACGAUGAUACCUUUGUGAAUAUACCGAACUUGCUACACUUUCUGCUCGGAGGAACAAUACCUUUGUACAACGAUACCCUGGACUACCACGAUAGAUCCACUUAUUUGGUCACUUCCCCGCAAAACCGAUUGAAAGCCAGUAGCGAGGUUAUGUAUGGCCAUCAGUUUUGCAACGUAGUGCCGGUUAGCGAAGUAAGCAGCAAGUGGUAUAUGCCCUCAUACAUGUAUCAGCCGGAGGCGUAUCCCAAGUAUCUUUCCGGAGCCGGGUAUCUGUUGUCCAUCGAUGCAGUACAGCGUUUGUUCGAGGCUUCGUUUAAUACGACGCUGGUCUACCUGGAGGACGUGUACAUUACUGGGUUGUGUGCGCAAAAGGCUAAGAUCAGGAGACACCACCACCCACUCUUCAGUUUUGCCCACUCGAAACAGAUGUGCGCUUUUAAGGGCAGCAUCACACAGCAUCAGUUAAAAGACGAUAGCAUGGUGGUCGCCUGGAACCACGUCUCCAACUACUCCAUUAAAUGUCCGUCUCCGGGGCGGUUCUUUAGCCAAGUUCGACUGCGCAAGCGGCCGAUCUGUUAGAAGUCCUAAAAUAGAUCUUCAGGGUAUGUCCACUACCCCUUCCCAUUUCUCCUGCUCUCUGAAAAAAACCAAAAGCCUACAUGUUAUAUUGGCUCGGCAAAGAUUCUUGACAUUCAGUUCCUAAAAUUUCUUUGGAAGCAGCUUGGUUUAUAAAACGUAAUCAGCUUGAUUGACAGUCAAUAGUGAUAUUUAAUCCUAAUGAAGUCUAUACAUACAUAUGCAGAUCAUUAACGUAUACAUCAUAUUUCUUUUGAAUUAUUUACGAAUACUUCGCUCAAAAAAAACUGUGUAUAUACAAGUUAGAUUGAUCAUGGCCUAGCACCCCCAAUACUCCAUAUCAAUGUUAAAAGUAAUGCACAAGUCAGCUAUCUGAUAAAUCUGCAUAUAUUCUUAGAAUACCCAGAUCUUAAGAAAUUAUUUAAAGACAGAGUUUAAAAUAGAAAAGUAAGUAUUUAUUUUUUGCCAUCACGUAUAUUAUUAUUUACCAUUGUAACUUAGUGUUUAGUUGGCACACUCCACCAGUACAUUUUUCACUUUUUAAUAAGUUCACGUGUAAAUUUCCCUGGUUCAGCCUACUUAAUUGACGCACAGGAGUCUUCUUUAAUAAAAAAUAAUUUGUUUAGUUUUGAAAACUAAUUUAUUAAAUCACGUUUCCAAAUAAACAGUUUUGUUGUUGUUCAAAAAACCGAAUAAAAUGUUGUAACCAGUCUU